GCGUGUAAACUUUUAAAAGCCACUUACUAUGAAAUAAUGAUGCCGGACGCAAAAUUAACGUAACCCAUACGUGGGAUCUGUUGAAGUACAAACCUUUGAUUGUGUACAUUACAUAAUGUUCUUGGCUUUCCACACGUGUGGAUGAGUUGCCCCAAACUUGGACGCAAAAGUUGUUCAUUGGGCCGUGAACGAGUAUAAUUACAAAGUCUGGCGCACUACCUUAUUACGAAAACACGUGUUAAGGAAAUUGAUCAUGUGUAAUUGUGUAUCAUGCAUGGCCAAGUUUGAAUCGAAGUUCCAUCCGAAUGGUAAAAGCAAUUCAAACGGUGCAGAACAAGCAGAAUAUGCAGAUCGAACGGAACAAGUACAUAUCAAACCAGGGGCGGACUCAUGAAUUUUUUUUACCUGGAUCAUAAUUUACACUAUAAGCCCAAAAGCUAACAAAAAGGCCCAAAUUACAAAAACAAAACAUAUAGGAUAAAAAUGGAUUCGAACCGAGAUUGGGGGGUCAAGAAUAGGGUAAAGUAACCAACUAAACUGUUUUUUUAACAACGUACAACUAAAAAUUCAUUUUCUUAUAUUUAAUGGGUGUCAGUUGACCCCCCUUUCUUUGCUGUGGGUCCGCCUCUGUAUCAAGCAGAUCAUGCAGGAGAGAUGCAGAUCAAGCAGAACAAGUUAUUUUUAAAAAUUAUAAAUGACAAAAACAGUCUAAAAAUGCAGAUCAUAUAUUUAUCAUAUAUUUAAACAAUGAAAAUUACACCAAAAUAUCAAAACACAUAAUGAAAAAAAUACAUAAACAAAGGUAACAUAAUUUAAUGAUUUGCCCAUAACAUAUCUGCAAUAUUGUCUCUAAUGUUUGUCAUACGAUCUCCAUCAGCCAUAUUUGUUAUCUCCAUGUCACUUAUAUCAUUUUCAGAAUUUUCGUUGCUAGUAUUUGUAUGUCUCAUUUCUUCAAUAAAAUCUUCAUCAAAGUAGUUUGAAAUUCUGAUAAAAUUAUGCAAUCCCAUUGUAGCAGUUACCGCUCUUUUUUGAACUGCAAUAUCAUAUCUCGGAAAAUCACUCAAAAUCCUCCAUUUCUUCUCCCAAACUCCAAAUGUCCUUUCAAUAACGGAACGUAGAGAUGCAUGACAUCGAUUAAACAGUUCUUGUUUAUUCUUAGGAGGAGGACCAUUGUUGAAAUGUGACAUGUGAGGCGCAAGGUGGGUACUUGCUCUUUUACGUAUACUUGAUACUUGGCUUGCGUUGAACGAGUAAUGAAUUUUUCGACUUGUACUUGACUUGUCAGAAACAAGUACUUGUUAUUUCGAGUACUUAUCCAAAAAUAUGUUACUUGCAAGUUACUUGCCUUGUUCGAUUACUUGCUACUUACAAAUAUUUAUUGAUUACUUGAAUAUUUUUUUCAAGUUUCUAAAAAUUACUUGAUAGAUAUUAUUUUACGAGAUAAGGUUAUAAAAGUUUUUUUUAUUUACUCGACUUGGUAAAAGCACGAGACUUAUUUUAAAUAAAAUAUUUGCACCUAAUAUAAAAAAAGAAGAUGGAAUCAAUAAAAAAAUAUUUUUUACUUCUUACAACAAAGAAAUAUUUGUUUAGGGCUUUGGUUUUUAUGGUUUAGUUAUCAUUUUUUUAGUCAUAAACAAGUAACGAGUAAUAUCAAGGCGAGUCGUAAUUUUUUUUUGUGAUACUUGUUACUUGCCUUGUACUUGCAAGUAGCAAAACUCAACGACUUGUUAUGACUUGGCAACGACGAGUACUUGAAAAAACAAGGCGAGUACGGGUCAAGUAGCGGGUGUAAGGCAAGUAACGAGUACUCGUGCCCAACCCUACAUGUGAUACCUAAUAACCCAUUCUGAGAAGAUCUAUAGAGAGCCAAAAAACCUUGCUUAUUUGGAUAUCCAGAAUCAACUACAUAAUAUUUGUCUCCUAGAGGCAGAAGAAAGUCAGAAUCACCGUCUUUUGCCAUCGUGAGAACUGUUCUAUUGAAAAAUGUUGUAUUUUGUCGGCAAAUUGACUUCAUAUCUACAGUUUAAAAAUGACUAAUAUUAGUUUCGUUGAUUAAAAGUAAUGGAAUCUUUAUUAUUUGGUUGAUACAAAAAAAAUAUAAAUAGAUAAUGACGAAGAAUGGAUCUUUUUAUCAUUCCAUUGACACAUUAAUUUAAAUUAAAGUUUUGUCCUCAUUCGAUUGUUAGUUUAUCUCGUGCAUGUAUUUUCUCUUUUCAGAUAUUUAAGUUUUUUUUUUCUUGCCAAACAAGCUUAAUACUAUUAAGCUCAUAAGGCCCAUAUCAACACAAGUGCCAAACAUGGUAGCGACAAAACUUUCUAGUGAUAGAAAGAUAAAAUCCUCUCUAGAUAAGCUUCCCUUGUGUGGGCCUAAGUUUCUCUUCUUUUAAAAGUCCGUUACUUUUCGAAGAUAGAGCCAUAGUUUGAAAAAUAUCUAAUUUUCCCCUUUGUUGUUACCUCUGGAUAAUAAACAUGUGUUCAGUAAAUUGAAGUCUGAAGAAACCUUAUGUUCUUUUCUGGGUUCAGCUCCUGACUUUUUUCGUGUUCUUGGUGAGUUCUAAUCUGCUAGAGUUUCGAGUUUCGUCAAUCGCUUUGAUAACCAUCAGUGUUUCUUCUGCGAUGUCGAUUGCUAUGGAUAAAACUUUGAUGGUGAUGUCUUUGGAGGAAGAGGACGUCCCGUUUGAUCUCCCAGAUCUUCCUGAGUUAAGUUCGAUAGAAAGAAACUAUCUGAGUCUAAUCGGUCGAAUCCUUAAUCCUGAUUGUCAACUGAUGCCUAUUUUGAUUGUGGAGAUGCCUAGGAAGUGGCAGAAAGUUGGUAAAUGCAGAGGAGUUGCCCUUUCUAAGGAAAAGUUUCAGUUUCUCUUUGACAACGAGUUUGAUCUGCUUGACGUCAUGGAUAAAGGAGUUCACACCUUCAACGAAUGGACCUUGGUAAUUGAAAGAUGGGUUGAGAACCCUCCUGAAGAUUAUCUGCAGUAUAUUCCUCUUUGGGUUCAGAUUCGGCAGCUUCCUGUGAACUAUUACACUGCUGAAUCUGUAGAUGCUCUUGGCGAUUUGAUUGGGAAAGUUGAUACAGUUGCCUUCGAUCCUACUAAGGUUCAGGUUCAGAAUUAUGUUAGAGUGAAGGUCUUCUUUGAUGUUUCUAGACCCCUGCGUAAACAGAAGGUUGUUAACUUGCCAAAGGGUGGAACUGCAACAAUUUUAUUUUCGUAUGAAAGAAUCCAGAAGCGGUGCUAUGAGUGUCAGAGGUUGAAUCAUGAGCGUGAAGUGUGUCCGUUUAUGUUAAGAAAAAGGCAGUUAGAAGCAGCAGAAAGAAAAGCUUCAGGUUCCUUUAUGAACAUUGUAAAACCUUUGGUCCUCAAGCCUAAUGAUCCCUUAUUUGGAGUAUUAAAGGAGGAGCAAGUAGGUAUUAAUCCCAUCACUGGAAGACAGAGAAUAGCACCGGAUGUCGUGGAAGGGAUGCGUCAAUAUCUACUGGUUGCUAAUAUUGAUGAAAGAAGAGUGAGAGAAGAAAGAGUCAAAAAGUCUGUGGCACAGGCAGAGGCUGAUCCAAUAGCAAAGAAAUCUAUGUUGAGCUUGGAGCCAAUUCCUAAAAUUACAAACAUUUUGGAUAAGCAGAAAGGAAUAGUGUUUAAUUAUGAGGACGUUUGUUCGGAGUCAUCUCCUGCAGUGAUGGAUUAUGGUGUUCAGACUCCCAAAUUGAUGGCCUCAGCAAUCAGUGCAGGUUCAAUGCAAACAGGAAGCAUAAUGGUAGAACCAAGGAAAUCUGUUAGUGCCUUGGCAAGACUUGGGGAGGUACCAAAUCUUUAUCAGUUUAGUUCUACAGUUAAAAGAGAUUGCCCGUUUGUAGCUUCUUCUUCCGGAACUAUAAUUGGUAAAGCUGGUAUUUCGAGGAGAAGGCCUACCAAAACUAAAUGAAUUU